AUGAGCGAAGAGGCCAAAACAGAGUUGUCAUGUGGGGAGUACAGCAGGGGUGUCCCCUGGUACCCCCUGAAAAAAUGGUGGCAGUCCAGCCGGCUUUUCAGUCAGGAUGUUGGCCUGCCGCCUUUCCUGGAGCCAGGGGACCCUCGGUGGAUGGAUGUGGAAUGGCUCCAGAGGAGUUUGGCAGCCUGCUCCUGGCCAGGGUACAUACCCGCUCCGCUGUUUGUGCCCUACAUCUCUGGGUCGAUGCAUCAUCCCGGCCAGAAGAUUAGUAAGGAGCAGCACAAGUGGAGGGUCAGCCUGGACGUGGCUCACUUCUCCCCUUCGGAGAUUUCUCUCAGUGUCAGAGACGGAUUCCUGGAGAUCCGAGGGAAACACGAGGAGAGGCCAGACGAGCAUGGAUUUAUUGCCAGAUGUUUUACAAGGAAAUACAGGCUCCCAGCUGAGAUUGAUGCUACCAAAAUCGUAUCCACACUUUCUGUGGAUGGUAUUCUGACUGUGGAAGCUCCAGUUCCCGAAACCUCUGUUCCUGCUGCCUUCAUCCUUCCUAUAAAGGUGAUCACAGCUGGGAAGUAUGUUUACAUUUAA